UGCGGAUAUCUGAUAGGGAAAUGUUUAGCGCUGUGUCCGUUACCUUGAAUUGUGUUUUGUAGGGUUUUUUUCCCCUUCAUGACGUAAGCGCGUGCGAUCUUUCGGGAGUUUCCAUUUGAAAACGAAUCCCCGAAUGAUGCACUUCGUUAGCGUGCCGUGCGCCUGGAAGUUAAGUAGUUGUUUUUACACAAAGAAUAUUUGUAGACCUAAGCAACUCAGUGCCCGUAUUAGAGCCCCAGAGUGCUAAUCUACAGGAUUCGUGUUUUUGAAGAGGAAAUAUGGGGAUAUUUGUACAAUCAGUUUUAAAUUUACGAGUGUGGAGGUCCAUCCAGAUUACAGUGUGUAAUUAGUAGAAGUUUACAGAACGAUUACCUCCUUUCAUCGUUGAUGUAAAUUGUUACAAACCUUAUUUCAGUCUCUUCCAACUUACAGAAAAUUGGAUUUAAACUGAUGGUCAAAAUUACGGUCAAUUAUUUGCUCUCCAAACCUAAGAGGCAUCCAAAGGCAACACAUAUAACAUUAGAAUGUUUACCAAAAAAUCCUCGUGAUAACAGUUUAUUUUCAAGAUUCCUUAGAUUACAAUCUCACUUGGAGAGACAGUGGGCAUCAUGGAAGGGACAGGGCAGUUCUGACUAUCUCUCUGGUUCUCCAUUGGGAAAGUUUAUAAAUUAAAUUAUUUAGAAUUGUCUAUAUUACACUUGACCAUUAUUCAGAUACGCUAGAGUUAGCCUCAGAAAGAAGAUAAUGUCAUUUCACAAAUGUAUUAGGGAAUAAGUAACAAGGGUACAUCACAGAAUGAAUAGAAUAAGCCUGCUUGUGUCUGUACUUUGGGCUCAGAGAAAGAAGGAAUAAGAAGGAAUAAGCAACACCCUUCCGAGUGAAUUUGGGUGAAAGUUUGAAGCUGGUGAGAACGAUGUCCCUGAGUAUGCACAGCUGGAGUAGCCUGACGAUGCGCCUGACACGUGGAUAUUUCAUUUGAAUUCUUGGGAGAAAAGAAGGAGAAAAUGGAGUCCUUUAUACCUGUGUGGGAUCUGGCACAUCCUCUCUUUGUGUAAACAACAUCCUAAUUAAUCUGGGCCCUAUCUUUCUAGGACCAUUGUUCGUAGCCUAGAUAUUUGGAACUCAGAAGCAUGGGGGGAAGGAAUGAAGAUGUUUUCUCUCAAGAAGUUUUCAGAUCUUAUCAUGCAGUGAAAACUCCAGUUUCUGACUUUGAAUUUAGAAGAUCACCAACUACAUCCCCGUUCAGAUAUUUAGGAAAGGAACCACCUUGCAAAAUAAAAAUGUAUUGAUGAUCACAUAUUGCUGAAACAUUUCUGCUGAAGAAAUGUCUUCAGGGUCAGAAAAGGAUAAAGAGAGGCUCGUUCAAGCUGCCAAAACCUUCUUCUUUCACAUGCAAGAUCUUGCUUCCUUCACAAAUGCACUCACUGAAUUGUUUAACAGCAGUAUGAACACUCAAAUCUUCUUGACGGCUGUGAAAGAAGAUGGUAAUGUUAAGGAUGUCUUUGAAUAGAUGCUCAAAACUUUUAAGGAGAUGCAAUCUGCAGUGGUGGCACAGCAGGACAAAAUGCAAAGUGAACCUUUAUGUUCCAAGAUUGCAACAGCUAUGUGCUCUAUGCUUGAGAAGAGUAGCAGUGUAAAGGAGUUGCAACAGUCAGCCAAAGAAAUGUUCAAAAAUGUCCAUACACCGGUCAUUGCCUCUGUGUUGAAUAAUGGUAACAUCCUUGAGAGUUUGGAAUCUUCUCUUUCACUCUUGAUGAAAUAUCCCAUCAUGAAUCUUCAGUUAAGUGACUUCUAUAGAAAAGACACCAAAGAGCAAUCAGAUGAUACCACAUCUGAGAAAAGCCCAAGUCCUGGUCCAUCCAAAGCCACUACAAUAGACACCUUGAAAAAGUUACAGGAUGCACUAAACACUGAGAAUGCCAAGGAUACCAUCGAGUCAGCUGCAGAGCAGAUGGAGCAAAUUGUCAAAACUAUGGGAGCAAUCUUAGAGAUCCUCCAAAAAGCCACAAAAACUAUGGAAACCAAGUGUUCUGUGUUUAAGAAAGCCAAGAACUAGUAGGAGUGCAACAGUAGUGCUCAUUUCUGUCAGAAAACCAAUUCAAAUCCUGCGAGUUUUUAUAGGACUUUCUAAGACCUUGGAUGCCAGACAUGUGGUCUGUUGGGACAUGAGUUUGAAGAGUAGUCACCUGGCAAAGCAUUUACCUCAAGUUUUGCUUUAUUCAAAAAAAAUAAAUAGUCAAAG